AACACACUGGCGGUGGCGCGAUGUUCAAAUCUUACUGUAAGUCCGACUGUUUAGUAAUAAAUACUAAGUAAUAAAUUAGAAACAAUAGACAUGGAUUGCUUGAAUAUAGCGAAGAUUUUACCAAAUUCUCCACGCAAGACACGAGGACAGAUUCAGGUUAUUUUCGGACCGAUGUUUUCUGGAAAAAGCACUGAACUGAUGCGGCGUGUGCGGAGGUUCCAGGUGGCUCAGUAUUCUUGUCUGCUCAUCAAAUACGCCAAAGACACACGAUAUUCUCAGAUGGGGAUGGCCACGCAUGACAUGAGCAUGAUGGAGGCCGUUCCUGCGAGCUGUCUGCGAGACGUCCGGACUCUGGCGCUGCAGGCCUGCGUCAUCGGCAUCGACGAGGGACAGUUUUUUCCAGACUCAGUUGAGUUCUGUGAGGAAAUGGCCAACAUGGGAAAAACCAUCAUAGUAGCCGCACUUGAUGGAACCUUCCAGAGAAAGCCCUUCGGUAAUAUCCUGAAUCUGGUGCCUCUCGCGGAGAGCGUGGUCAAACUGAACGCUGUCUGCAUGCAAUGCUUCAAAGAAGCCGCUUACACUAAAAGACUCGGAGCUGAACAAGAGGUGGAGGUGAUCGGCGGAGCUGAUAAGUAUCACGCUGUGUGUCGAGGGUGUUACGGAGGUCUCGCGGUGUGUAAGGAGAACUGCGAUCCGCAGAGAGAGGAGACGCCGCCGCAUGUGAUGCCAGGAAAACAGCCCAAUCAAAGCGCUCCACGAAAACUCUUCGCUUCCCUUCAUUUAUGAAAAUAACUCCGUACCACUACAAACAAAAUAUUUCCUUCCUUUAGUAUUUUUGUCUUGUUUUCUAGUAUAAAUAUCAAUAAAUUCUUGAAUCAGGAUGCAUUUACAAGUAAAAUGCUAAUUUUGUUAUUUUUGCUCAAAACAAGCAAAAAUAUCUGCCAAUGGGGUGCGAAAAAUAAUCUUAAAGGCUAAACUAGAUUAUUUUUCUUACCCCAUUGGCUGAUUGUUUUAAGCAAGAACUAGCAAUUUUGAUCAUUUUUUUCAGAAAAGACACAUCUCAAGUCAUUUUACUUGUCAAGUAAAUGCAUCUUAAUUCCAGAAUUUGUAGAUAUUUAUACUAGAAAACAAGACAACAAUACUAAGGCAGGAAAUCAUUUUUUUGCAGUGUAUUACAGUAGCACUGUUACUACACAGAUUUAACUCCCUAGAGUGAGAAUUUGCUUUUUUAUGCUUUAUUUUCUGUUAAUUUCUCUAUAUAUAAUAACUUUUAACUGUUAGUUUAAAGCGGGUCCAGCAAAAUAUGGUGUGUUUGUAUUUUCAAAAAUGAGUCAAUCAUUUGUGAUCAUUUUAAUUUAAACUAUUUUAAACUAAUUUAUAAUUGUGUAACAGAACAACCAGCUGCCACCACGGGAAACUGCCAACGAGUGAUGUGUGAUUAAAAUCCGAGUAAAUAAAGUGAUUUUGAUAUGGUU